AUGUCUUCCAACAAAAAUAAGGCUGAUUUUAUAGCAAUAUACAGGCUGGAAUUUUACAAAAAUAAGAGGAAUUGGAAGUUAGGUACCAGAGAAGACGCAAUUGGUACAAAAGCGCAGAGUGUUCUCAAUGCAACCUAUGAUGUGGAGGAAGCUUCAUCGUCUCACCUCAAUGAUGCCUUUAUUGAUACUGGCUCAGACGCAGACAAAUCCUCAAAAUCGAAACCCGACUCAGUAAAACGCAAUCUCUCACAGCAGUGGCUAGAGAGCAUCAACAUAUGGCCAACGACUGUACCACAACAGAAAACCAGCGAUUCCACUGAUAUCCUACAGAAGUUAUUAUCAAGAGACAAUACAGGUGUUCUCAAAGAGACAGAUGCAAAAUUGGAUCUGUGUUUUAAUUGUCCAGGAUUGGAGAAGGAAAUUAACGAUAGGGUUGUCCAAUUGCAAUCAGAAUUCCUGCCAAAGAGAGCCGAAAUCCGUCCAAGAAGCAUAAACACAGCAACAUCAAAGGGUGUUCUAAGUAAAGACGACGUAAGGACGCUGGCGGAGUUGCAAACGCAGUACUACGGGGUGGAGCACGCUUGGCCGGAGUACAAUCCAGCAAUACCUCCCCCAGCGCUGCCGCUGCCGGAAGUGACCGAACCCGAUUGGCCACAGCAAUGGGUCCAUGAUAAUCCUAGUGAUGAUGUGGAUGUGGUGGAUGGGGCCGAUCACAGGUUUUUGUCGUCCGGUUUCUUGAGCUUGCAGCGCGAAUUUAACUUAGUCGAGGAGCGUAUGUCAUGUCGGUCCGUGGACAGCUUCAGUGAGUUCAGUCGCGGCGCCGACCUCGCGCCGCACGCCUCCGAGCUGGAGCUGGCGGACUCAAACGAGGAACUGGACGCGAACCAAGUGGCCCGUAUGUCGUCGAAGCAAUUGACGUCCGCGAUACAGGCGCACGCGCACCGCCUCGCGCAGCUGCUGUGGGAGAGCGGGGAGCGCCGGAAAUUACGCCACUCCCACAGUCAGCACGAGCGUAUGAGCGUGGAUUCGUUUCCCACGCACGAUAUUGGUCCGUUCCGACACGACACGACUGAAUUUAUCGCAGGCUCCGUCUUUCCCCCCACCGGGCCGAAGGGAAGGGUCGUUAUUGAGGGGGGGAGGCCGGUUAGGCUGCAUGGCGACUUUGUUUAACUUUUUUCAGGUAUUUUCAUUGUAUAAAACUACCCUCAAAAAGUUAUUUUUGAGGGUAGUUUUAUAUAUAAUGAAACUACCUUCAAAAUAAUUCAAUUUAUUUUCUAGGAAAUAGAUUAAAACAAGGAAAUAACCUUUAAAGGUUCCAAAAGAAUAUAUUUUAAGGUAGUUAUCAUUGUCUAGUUGACAAAAAUGAUUAUUUAAAUUACCGCUUAUAAUAUUUUUGUGGGUGGUAUCAUGUUUUAUGUAUCGAAUUACUGAAAUUUUUUUUUGUGAAUUAAAAGUGAGUGUUUAGAAUGUUUUCGUAUUUUGUAACUUUGUUCAUUAUGAGGUUAAUAUUCGAGUACCAUCAAAUUUUUAUAUCUUUUUUGUACGUUUUUAAAAUUGGUUGUGUUACAUAUGUUAUUUAAAUACACGAUUGAUUUUUGUGUUUAAUGCUUAAAUACAUAUCCCAAAGAUUUAGUAUCUUCUACUAAAAGUAUUGUAUAAGACUGAUUAUUGUAUAAAUACAUAAAAAUUGUUGAAAAAUUGUAGAGUUUUGCAGCUGUCGAUUAGAAGUUAGGUGUAUCACACGCGGUCCAACGGAUUGCUUUUAUAUUGGUCGUGAGUAAUUUACCACAUUUUACUUUAAUGAGCCGUUUAAACUACUUUUUAAUACACUAUUAUUAGCUUUACUUGUAUGUUUGUAUGUCAUUCACGUUUCAAUUGUCAUUGUAAGAUCAAAAUCGAAUCUAAAGGAGUCUCUUACAUACAAAGAUGCAGGUGAAACUAAUAUAUGUUUGU